GAGCAUUUGGCUCAGAUUUGACCUCUUUUCCCAAACAUCCUGUAGUGGCCGCCCAAUAAUUCCCUCCCACUGUUUUCUUCGCAUGUUACUCUUUUCUGUGCUGUUGCACAACUCCGUUGUUUUCAUCUUACUGGUUCUGUCACAGACACAUGCAGUGAUGGUGGAGGAUCGACCAGCAGGAAGCGAAUCAGAGGCCAUCACCACCAUGACAGGCGGAAGUAAACCCGUGCACCGCUUCCUCAGAGGACAACCCAAGAGUAUCGGAGUGGUGCUGGUGAUGAUGGGUAUAGGUCUAUUCAUGUUUGCGAUUCCUAUGAAUGAGAAAUCAGAUGCGCUCAUCACAUCAGAGCAGUUCACCCCAUUCUGGCUUGGGAUCUUGUUCUUUAUCUGUGGUCUUCUGUAUAUACUGUCUGAGCGCAACCCAUCCAAGAAGAUAAUCACAGCCAGUCUUGCUCUGAGUAUCAUCUCAGUCAUUGGAGUCCUGUCUGCUUUGGGGGAGUUCUCCAGAGCAAUUGUUGGAAUCGAUCAAGUAUACUGGUCUCAUCUACAUCCGAAUCACACAGAGGAGGAGACCAUUUAUAUUGAACAACAUUAUAUGCCCAUCAGAAACAUGGAGCUAGUGUUCUUCUGUCACAACUUGAUAGGAGGCGCUCUGCUUAUAACCAUGGCGAUCUUCGCCAGGGCUGGGCUGCGAUCCAGCAGGACUCAGACUGUUGUUGUAAUGCGGGACCUGGCCUCCGCAGAGUGAACCAACCAAAAUCAUCUGAAGAUCCAUCUCUGUGUAUGUGAAGAGGAACUGACAACACAUCAGAAUAUUUCACUAAUAAUCACCUGUUUAAAACGAUCAUUAAAAUGGCAUAUAUAUAUGUUUUGUGCUGAAAACUAACAUAAAAACAGCAUUCAGAGCGUAGGGACAUUUAUCAUUUGUAAACUUAUAUUUGAGCUAGCUUUAUUAUUUUAUUAUAACUGGGAAUUAAUACUUUUUUCAAUUAUGGUUAUACUUCUAUAAUACUUUGUUAUGGCAGUCCUUUUUGUAAUAAAUAUUCUUUACAAUGCAAGCAUAAGCACAUUUCCAAAAUGUCUGAGUGCUUCAUCUGGAAAGCAUCUGUUGUGUACAACAUCUUCAUUAAAAAAAGCAUUAACACUUCUGACACAAAA